AUUACCAAAAACAAACUAAAAACAACAACAAAGUGGUUUUCACCUCUCUAAAAUCAGUGAAAUUCCGAGUUUAAAUUUUAAAUUAAACACUAGAAUGACCAGCCCAUCACCGAGCUCCGGUGACCUUAAGCUGGAAACCGACCCAAAGCUCGUAACGAAGGCCACCGAGAUUGUGCAACCGCUGCCGAGCAGCACCGUCGACCGAAAUCUCGAUACGGUCCUCGAGGCCGUCAAAACCGUGGACCAGACGUGCGAUUACAAACGGUGCAAGCAAAAAACCAACAUGAUGGGCUCGAAUUGUGGCUUCUGCAAGCAGCGGUUCUGCUUCAAGCACGGCCUGCCGGAAAUUCACGGCUGCGGCGAGGAGGUGAAGCGGAAGGAACGGGAAGAAUUUCUGCAUCCACUCCCGGCCAAGACGGUGCAGGCACAGGAGGAUCUGAAGAAGGCGCACGGUCGGUUGGAGCAGAAGCUUAAAAGUAUGAACUUGUCGCGGAAGGCCAAACCAAGUGGCGGCGGGGAAGGUUCCAGCGGGAAGAGUGGUGGUAACAAACGGAAGGGGAAAUCUUAGGUUCUUUUUUGGAAAUUGAAUUUUAUUUUUGUUCAAAUACUUGCUGUGAGACACUUAAAUUAAUAAAUUGUAUGUUUUCUGCGCAUUAAACAAUCAGUAA